GUGGAUGUUUCCUGAAGUGGGUUGUGGUUGAAACUUGAAAGUGUUCUUUUCUAAAGAAUGGUUGCAGGUUACUAUGCUUUUUUACCACUUUUCAGUCAAAUUUUGUAGCUUUAAUUAACGUUCUCCAAUAGGGUUUUCUUGUGUUGGUUUCUGUUUUAGAAAUCUUCCUUCUCUCUAAACUUUAGUAAAAGGUUCUUAUACCUUCUUACUCUUGCCGGCCGGAUUCAGUACACUGUGAUUAUACUCUCUGAUCCACUUCUCUACAACUAAAUCUAGCAGAGAAGCUUUUCUCAUUCUGUUUCAAAUGGCUCCUUCUGGUCAAACAAAAGCAAGGCCAACCAGAAAGGCAAGAAGAAGAAACCAUUUCAAGAAGCGGAUUGUACACUCCAAGAAUCAAGAAGCAUCAAGAAGUUUGCCCCCUAACUCUUCCACCACAAGCUCCAGUGAUUUUCCAAAGAUCAGAGACAUAGAUUUCGAGGCUGUUGAAGUCCCCUCAAGCGGCUGCUCCACUCCAAAAGCUCAGAGAUUCCGGAUACCAGAGAUUUCAACAUGCCCACCAGCACCCAAAAAGCAAAGAGUAGUUUCGAAUUGCUCCUUGCAAAGAACACCGAUUGCCUUCUUCGCUCCUCCAGACUUAGAGCUCUUCUUCUUCUUUGCACUUCGAGAUAUUUCGGUUUGACGGUACAUGAUCAGUGUUUCAUAGAAUAUGUAAGGAUCAUUUCACUAAUUUUAAAAAAUGGUCUUUCCGAAUGAAGUUCUUUUAGUUUUAAUUUGUGUUUUCUCAUCUGAUCAUUGAAGUAAAGUGUGAGAAGUUGGGAUUUUGGUUGGGUGAUCUUAGGAAAGCUGUUGUUAGCUUUGUUUCCCCCUUUGCUACUGUUUUAGUCGGGUUUCAAAUUUGUAGGGUAUACUAAUCACUAAAUUUAGGUGGUGUUGUCCCACUAAAUUUAGCCUUUAUACCUACUUUCCCAUUUAGUUUUUUUACUCAUCCCUUUUGCUGACCUCUAGUUUGGUGAGUGCAAUGUAAUGGUUGGAUUUGAGGUUUGUGAAUCUGUUUAGCUUGCAAUUAUAUAUAUCAGCUUUUGUUUGCUUAA